AUGAAAUAUAUUACUUUAAAGUUGCCACUGACUGUGGUGGCUGCCAUUGUUUUGGUGUGCCGAUUGACAGAGGGUUGCACUGGUAGAAAGGUUUUAAAUGGAGAAAAAGGCAUAAUUUCUGAUGGUCCUAAUGAAUAUCCACGAUUUGCUCGCUGUGAAUGGCUGAUUGAAGCUGGUGGUCCAAAUAAAACGAUACAUCUAGAAUUUAAAAGUAUGGCGACUGAAUGUUCCUUUGAUUUUUUGUUUGUUUAUGAUGGUAUAUCAUAUUCUAGUCGAAUGAUAGCUAGUUUAUCAGGGGACAGCCAGCCCGAAACUUUAACUGCUACAUCAGGUUAUACAGUAGUAAGUGAAGAUUUAGAUCACUGUCUAGAUUAUUCCACCAAUCUACGCUGUCUCAAUGAUCCAGAUUGUGUUUAUUGUUCUAAUAUUCAAAAUAAACCCAAGUCUGAUAAUAAUAAUAAUAAUAAUAAAGACCAGGAAGACAAUCCAGGCUGUAUUCACAGAACUCGAACUGAUAUGUGUUUAAAUGGUGAUAUACAAGAUCUACAGAGUAAAAGAUGCCCUGGUAUAUGUUCAGUAUUAUCUAGUUGUUCAGCCUGCAUCAGCCAGGGUAGGGGAGCUAACCUAACUUCCUCCUUACCUAGACGUCGUGUUUAUAAUGAAGCAUGUAGCUGGUGUGUGAAACAAGCUGUUUGUACUCCACGAGCAGUGCCACAAGGGACAUGUCUAGCCGCUGAUAAUACAGUGUCUGGUAUUCAGGGAUGGUGGGGAGGCUUGUCAGCUAAUCUGACUUCACAUCAACAAUGUCAGACAGCAGAUUUUCCAGCAGGUCUCCAAUGGAUUGAAUAUAGAUAUCCUAUGAAUAAUACUUACCCAGAUCAUUUAUCAAUAGUACGUAAAACAGAGCAGACGUUACAAUUUAAAUAUCGUUUUAUGAGAGAGAUUGAAGACGAGUUCACUUAUUACGGAGCAUUACGAGGUUUUAUUCAUCCAUUAAAUGCUCCCCCACCCUCAGGAGAAUCGUAUCUUCAGCUACAUUUAAAGAUGAUCCACGGACAGAGUUUAUUAUAUCUCAGUAAAUCAGACAACCCUGAUAAUAUGGAAAUGGUAUUAAGUCUAGCUUCAUAUGCAACAUAUAAUGAAAGUGUUGCUAGGCGACUAGAUAGAACACCAAUGUUUCCUAACAUUGCUCGUGGGAAUCGUUAUUUCAUUGAAAUAAUCCUGAAACAUAUCGUGAAAAAAGAACGAGGUAAAGAUAUUGAUAAAUAUCCUGAGAGUAAUAUCAAGUUGGAAUGGAACGGAGCUUUAACCAGUUUAACUCAACAACCAUUGACGUCUGAGUUUUUACAACCCUAUACUAGCGAGACGUGUUCAGGACAUUAUAACUGUCUAGCAUGUUUAUCUAAUAAUGCGUGUGGAUGGUGUAAUGCCCUACGAACCUGUAUGAAUAGAAGUGAUGCAAUGGGAACGUCUGUUUGUGCUAAUUUAAGUUCCAUACAGUUUCUGAUAACCACCCCUAGUCAGUGUCCGAUGUGUGAUCAUUAUGUGGAAUGUGGAAGCUGUACUAAGGAUAAUCUUUGUGAGUGGAUGUUAAAAGAUGGCCAUUGUACGAGAAGAUAUCGUUAUGACGAGGCUGUUCGUGCUCCAGAAAACUGCCGUGUUCCCUGUCAAUACCGUAUAUCGUGUGAUGAUUGUGUAUCACAGAGUGAUGAAUGUGCUUGGUGUGAGAAUACUAGAACGUGUCUGCCGUUCUCAGAAUACGUACCACGGUAUUUAUAUGGACAGUGUACUAAAUGGAUUGAUAUGGUACAGAUCAGUCAAGAUGUAUGUAGACAGUGUAAUCUAUCGACUACGUGUAGUCAAUGUUUAGAGAUGUAUGGUUGUGGCUGGUGUUAUAAUAUAGAUAAUCCUACUAUAGGAUAUUGUAUUGAUGGUGAUUUUAAUGGUCUAGUUGAUAAUUCAACAUGUUCUGCAGUUUUAACUGAUAUCUAUAACGUCAGUGACUCUGUGACACCCAAUACUAGCUGGGCCUAUCAUAACUGUCCUGAUAUCGAUGAAUGUAGACUUGAUCUACAUGACUGUCAUGAUAACGCUACCUGUAUCAACACGGAAGAGAAAUAUGUCUGUGAAUGUAAACCUGGUUUUAAAGGGGAUGGCACCAAAGUUUGUGAUAAAUCAUGUUUAUAUGAAUGUAUACAUGGUAAUUGUAGUGGAGAACCAGAUCAUAUAUGUAACUGUAUAAUAGGAUGGAGUGGACCUGAUUGUAGUGUUGAUUGUGGCUGUAAUAAUCAUAGUACUUGUCAUACAGGAGUCGGUGUCUGUGACGAGUGUCAUCAUGGUACAACUGGCCUACAUUGUGAACUCUGUCAAGUUGGUAGCUAUGGUAAUCCUCUCGAACCCAAAGUAUAUACAGGAUAUAUGAUAUGUGACCAGUAUAUACAGGUGAUAUAUUUACCAGUAUAUACAGGUUAUAUGAUAUGUGACCAGUAUGUACAGUGUCUCUAUGUUGUGUGUUGUAAUGGACAUGGUGAUAUAAAGUAUGGUAUAUGUAAUAAUGUAACAGCAGAAUGUUACUGUACCCACAAUACAAAGGGUCUUCACUGUCAACAAUGUAACGAAGGUUAUUAUGGUGAUCCGAGGCAUGGUAUGAAAUGUUAUCUACGCUGUGAUGAUCGAACAAUAUUAACAAAUAUUACCCAGGGUGCACUAGGUACACAUCAAGGUAGUGGUGUGGUUCAUCGUUCCCAUGCCUAUUGUCUGUGGUUAAUGACAGUGUUUAGUGAUAUAUCGAAUAUUAACCCUCCUCCUGAUAUACCAGUACCCAGUAUAAGGUUAGCUGUUGAAGGAGAUAUGGAAGUUAAAUGUGGAAGACACCUACUGUAUAUUUACGAUGGUACUCCAGAGUUUAUCAUUUUAAUAUUAUUAUUUCAACACCUACUGUAUAUUUACAAUGCACCUACUGUAUAUUUACCAUGGUACUCCAGAGUUUAUCAUUUUAAUAUUAUUAUUACCUACUGUAUAUUUACCAUGCACUUACUGUAUAUUUACGAUGGUACUCCAGAGUUUAUCAGUGGUGUUAAUAAUUCAGCUACGUUGUUAGGAGCGUUCUGUGGUAUGAAACCAGGUCGUGAUUUUGUAGUCGUAGCCAAGUCUGGUGUUAUAACAGUGUAUUUUGAAGCUGACAUUCGACGUUCAUCAUCGCGAGGUUUUAAUGCCAGUUUUCAGAUCAAUAUGUGUCCAGAUGAAUGUCAAGGACAUCGUGAAUGUGUGGAAGGCGAGUGUGUUUGUCAGAGAGGGUUUGGGGGUAUCAACUGUGAGGUUGAACUCUGCCCUCGAAACUGUUCGUAUAAUCUCACCCAGGGAGAGUGUAAUCAUGAAUAUGGAAUGUGUGAAUGUACUGAUAAUUUUGUGGGGGCAGCGUGUAAUAUACCAGUAGAUACUAAUCUACCUAGACUAGAGUUACUCAUAGACCCUAAUAGAAUGAAGAAUCAAACUAAUCUACCCCCAGCCCUGAUGGGUCACUCAUUAACUAGCUGUGGAGAUGGUAAUCUCUAUCUGUUUGGUGGUAUUUCACCUAGUCAGGGCUUACAGAAUGAUAUGUGGGUAUAUGAAAUCUCUGUCAGAAAGUGGACUAAAGUUAUACCAAUUGAUGCCAAGCCCUCAGGAAGAUAUUAUCAUGGUGCAGCCUGUGUACCGUUAUUAAAGAUUAUAUUUGUAUUUGGUGGUUUCCUGACGUCCAGUUCGGGUGAAUCGUACGUUCCUACCAACCAACUGUGGAAAUAUAACAUAGAAUCUCAAGUCUGGUCUAAUAUUACCGUAAGAUUUUAUAUCAAUUUAGAACCUGAAACAUGCUUUGGCUUGAUAGUUUCAUGCUUUAUGACCUUCAGACAACUCUCUGAGUUAUAG